CGUACCUAAAUGGUGUGUCGUUGGAACGCUACAACAAAUGCUGCUAUAAUGAGCACAUUAGCACCAUAACAAAUGUUUAAAACUGUACAAGGCUUGUCGUAUUUUUAUGUCAGCAUGAAGUGAAACUAUCCGUGACCACUACGUCUUCCGUACGCUGAGUUUUUGACAGACUAAACGUUGGUUUUUGCAGACGUCAUGUCGUUUCUGGUGGAUUCAGUUAUCAUGUUCACCUCGCAGGUGCUGUUCUUUGGAUUUGGCUGGUUAUUCUUUAUGCGGCGGCUGUUCAAAGACUAUGAGGUGCGACAGUACGUCGUCCAGGUUGUGUUCUCUGUCACCUUUGCUUUUUCAUGUACUAUGUUUGAACUCAUCAUUUUUGAGAUUCUGGGUGCCUUAAGUAGUAGUUCCAGGUAUUUUCACUGGAAACUGAAUCUGUACGUGAUACUGCUGGUUCUGAUCUUUGUGGUGCCUUUCUACAUCGGCUACUUUGUUGUCAGCAACAUACGCUUGCUUCAGAGACAGAGGCUGCUUUUUGCCUGUAUGGUGUGGUUUACCUUCAUGUAUUUCUUCUGGAAGUUGGGAGAUCCAUUUCCCAUUCUCAGUCCAAAGCAUGGUAUCCUGUCCAUUGAGCAGCUAAUCAGCCGUGUUGGUGUGAUUGGAGUCACUCUCAUGGCCCUGCUGUCUGGGUUUGGUGCCGUUAACUGUCCCUACACAUACAUGUCAUAUUUCCUCAGAAAUGUAACAGACAGUGACAUCCUUGCUCUCGAGAGACGGCUGCUCCAAACUAUGGACAUGAUUGUCAGCAAGAAGAAACGAAUUGCCAUGACAAGGAGGCAGAUGUACCAACGUGGGGAAGACCAGAACAGACAGACGGGAUUUUGGGGCAUGAUCAAGUCUGUUACCUCCACACAAACAGGCGGUGAAAACCUCUCGCUGAUCCAGCAGGAGGUUGAUGGUCUGGAGGAGCUGAGUCGACAGCUCUUUCUGGAGACUGUAUUGGUGCAAGCCACCAAGGAGCGAAUUGAGUAUUCCAAGACAUUCCAGGGGAAAUACUUCAACUUCCUCGGCUACUUCUUUUCUAUCUAUUGCGUUUGGAAAACUUUCAUGGCCACUAUAAACAUUGUGUUUGAUCGAGUCGGGAAGACGGAUCCAGUGACGAGGGGUAUUGAAAUUACGGUGAACUACUUGGGCAUCCAGUUUGAUGUAAAAUUUUGGUCCCAGCACAUCUCUUUCAUCCUAGUGGGAAUAAUAAUCGUUACAUCCAUACGCGGUUUACUCAUCACUCUCACUAAGUUCUUCUAUGCAAUAUCAAGCAGCAAGUCUUCCAACGUCAUCGUGCUCGUCCUUGCUCAGAUCAUGGGGAUGUAUUUUGUGUCAUCUGUACUGCUAAUGCGUAUGAGCAUGCCGCUGGAAUAUCGGUCCAUUGUGACGGAAGUCCUGGGAGAACUGCAGUUCAACUUCUACCACCGUUGGUUCGAUGUCAUCUUCCUGGUUAGUGCCCUGUCCAGCAUCCUCUUCCUUUAUCUCGCCCAUAAGCAGGCGCCAGAGAAACACAUGGCCCUCUGAUCCGCUGCUUCAGUCACCGCCGGGAUACGACUUACUCCUGAACCACGAGGUGGCUUUCAGUCGAGGACUGAGGGAUAUCCAGAAAUCAGGUUUUUAUAUGGGACAAUUAUUUGGACGGAAUCAGGAACAGGCUGAUGGUUGGAUGCGGGCAACUACUGGAGCACACGAGGGAACAGCUUUGAACAUAGACUUGAGUAUUUUCAGAACAUUUUUAUUAGGAAUUUAAUUUUACCCACAAAUGCAAACACGUGGUCCUCUGUACUCUUAAAUUCUUACUCUUGAGGUCAAAAUGUUCUUUUUCUUUUAGUCUCUCUGAACACACUGGAUCUGCACUGUUUGCAGCAUUUCCCUGCUUCACUCACAGGUGUAACCGGGUUAUGUGAAGGAAAUAUCAACGUAUUGCUCUUCAUCUUCAUGCAAAAGAGGCUGUUAUUUUCAAUAAAAUAUGGCAUUUCAUUUGGAGCAAAAACAUACCCACGAAGUAAGCUUAA